AUGGACGAAGACGGCAACACCCCGCUGCACCGCGCAGUGUGUGCUGGGUCGCGCCUGGCGGGACCCGGCGAGGCCGUCGGCGUCCUGCUGGAGUGGGGCGCGGACAUAGAGGCGAAGGAUGAGCGCGGCCGCACGCCGCUGGCGUGUGCGUCGGAGGGCGCGAAUGAGGGGUUGGUCAAGAUGCUGCUGGAGAAGGGCGCGGAUAUCAAUACGGAGGAUAAUGCGGGGCAGCGGGUGCUGCAUCGCGCGGCGUGCGGCGGGAAUGCGACGGUGCUGAAGCUGCUGGUGGAGAAAGGUGCUGAUGGGAGUGUGGUGGAUGGGUGUGGGGUGAAGCCGAUUGGGGUGGCGAAGGAUGAGGAGGUGAAGGUGUUGAUGGCGAGUUUGGGGCUGGGGGAUGAGGAGUAG